ACUUGUAGCCCCUCCUUCCCCCCAGCCUCUUCCUGCCUGCCCCGGCUUCCCCGGCUCUUGCACCGGUUUGGAUGGUGGGAUCUUUCUUUCCUCCCCAGCUGCUGCGGGGGCAGAGGUGCUGGUGGGACGGAGUUAGGGGCUUGCAUUACAGAUGUGAGCUGAUAGUUGAAAAGACGACUGACUACCCUUCCACUGAAUACUCCUUGGUGGAGGAUGUAGCACUCCACUUUACCUGUUUGAUGGACAGACUGAACGAGCAGCGCCUGUUUCAGCCAGACCUGUGCGACGUGGACAUCGUCCUGGUGCAGCAGAAGAGCAUCUUCCCUGCCCACAAAGGGGUCCUUGCCGCCUACAGCCAGUUCUUCCACUCCCUCUUCACCCAGAACAAGCAGCUGCAGCGGGUCGAGCUCUCGCUGGAGGCCCUCACCUCCCAGGGCUUCCAGCAGAUCCUCAACUUCAUCUACACCUCCAAGCUCCUGGUGAACUCCUGCAAUGUGCAGGACGUCUUGAAUGCCGCCGCCGUGCUGCAGAUGAAUAACAUCGCUUCCUCUUGCCAGGAUCUCAUCAACACCAGGUCCCUCAGCUUGGCCAUGGCCAGCGACAUGGCCCUGCCCCCCGACAGCUGCAGCAGCACUGUCCCCCCUCAGUACUAUUGCGAGAUCAAGCAAGAGGUGGAUUCCCCGCACCCCAAGAUCUAUGCCCGGGAAGGGAAUGAUCCCUACUCUGUGCGCGUAGAGGACCGGGCUGGCAGCGGCAGCAACCAGCACCUCCCCGCCAUGCCCCCCAAACAGUACUACAAGGAGGAGAACGAUGGAGGCCCAGCUGCCGUUUGCAAGAUGGAGGGGGAGGACUCUGAGGAGGACCCAGACAGCCAGGGCUACAACCGGGAGCAGAUCAUUGUGGAGGUGAACCUCAACAACCAGACGCUCAACGUCUCCAAGGGGUUGGAAGGGAAGCCGAGCCCCAGUGAAGCCGCUGCAGUGAUCAGCCGGCCUGAUGGGGAUGGGCAUGACACCGAGGAGGAUGGGGAGGAGGAGAACGAGGAAGGGGAGGAGGAAGAAGAAGAGGAGGAGGAUGCCGAAGUGGGGGAGGAGGAGGAGGAAGAACAUAGCGAGGAGGAAGACUUGGAGGAAACCACAGAAGAAGAGGAGGAAGAGGACGACGAAGAGGAGGCGCCCGAAGUAAAAAGGGAAAAGACUGUGCCGCCCCGCCGGGGGAGCAGGGCAUCCAAAGCCACCAAACCGGCUGUGUCUGCCUCCUCCCAAGAGGUGACCAAGGUGGAAGAGGAAGAGGAGGAAGAGGAGGAGGGCCAGCGCGGGAGGAAGAGGAAAAAGGAGCAGGAUGGGCUGGGCCAGAAGGUCAAGCUGGAAGAGAAGCAGCACUACCCCUGCAAGAAAUGUCCGCGGGUCUUCAACAACCGCUGGUACCUGGAGAAGCACAUGAACGUGACCCACAGCCGGAUGCAGAUUUGCGACAAGUGUGGCAAACGGUUCCUGCUGGAGAGUGAGCUGCUGCUACACCACCAGACGGACUGCGAGAAAAACAUCCAGUGUGUGACCUGCGGGAAAGGGUUUAAGAAGCUCUGGUCGCUCCACGAACACAAUAAGAUCGUCCACGGCUAUGCCGAGAAGAAGUUCUCCUGCGAGAUCUGCGAGAAGAAAUUCUACACCAUGGCUCAUGUGCGGAAACACAUGGUCGCUCACACCAAGGACAUGCCUUUCACUUGCGAGACGUGCGGGAAGUCCUUCAAACGCAGCAUGUCCCUGAAAGUCCAUUCUCUUCAGCACUCUGGGGAAAAGCCUUUUAAAUGUGAGAAUUGCAACGAGCGGUUCCAAUACAAGUACCAGCUGCGCUCUCACAUGAGCAUCCACAUCGGACACAAGCAGUUCAUGUGCCAGUGGUGCGGGAAGGACUUCAACAUGAAGCAGUAUUUCGAUGAGCACAUGAAAACGCACACAGGCGAGAAGCCCUACAUCUGCGAGAUCUGUGGCAAGAGCUUCACCAGCCGCCCCAACAUGAAGCGCCACCGCCGGACACACACGGGCGAGAAGCCGUACCCCUGCGACGUCUGCGGCCAGCGCUUCCGCUUCUCCAACAUGCUCAAGGCCCACAAGGAGAAGUGCUUCCGCGUCAGCAACCCCCUGGCUCCGGACACCAACAGCACUGGCAGCGGUGGCCUGGCCCUUCCCCAGAGCACCGUCUCGCCGCACCUGCCCUCGGGCGCCGGCAUCUCUCAUGCGACACAGCACCCCCAUUCGCUCUCCUUGCCGCUGCUUCACCCUCUCCCUCAGACCCUCCCUCCUCCUCCUCACCUACCGCCACCGCCUCCCCUCUUCCCAGCCGGGCGGAUCAACUCGAACAACAAUUAGGCCCUGCCCGUGGUGCACGGGUGCACACAAACUGGUCUGCCCGUCGGCAAGUGCCCAGCAGGCGUUUCGUUCCCAUUGCUUGGGAUGGGAGGGAGGAGAAGGGGGCUCAUUCCCUCUCUUCCCCCACUCCUUCUCUCUCAUUGUUUUUCUUUUGAUUUAUGGGGGGGAUUUUUGCUUGUAAGCUUUCCACCGAGGGGACGGGCUCUCUGGGCCAGAGCUCAUGUAGCAGGAACAAGCUCCCAAGCAGCUUGGAGUGCACUAAAACUGGGGGGAAACACGGUGUUUCAAUAACAGUGUAGACAAAAGGCCCUUUCUUCCCCUCCUCUUCUCCAUGGUUUCAUCUCUUGUGCUUCCCAGCCCAACCUGUCCUCGUGCCCAGCUUGCUCAAGGGUUUUCCUGAGGUGACUCCCCUACGCGGCAGUGUUUAGUACCAGGGUGGCUUUGGCCCCUACCUAUUCUCAACCACAGCUGCUGCUUGUUUCCAUGCAUUUGUCCGUGUUCCCUGCCAUGAUAUUAGACGAUCAGAGCUUUGGAUUUACAGUGCACGCCCCCUCCGUCAAGCCCUUCCCACUCACUCCUCCUAGUAGUGGAUGUUUUCAAGUCUCCAUCUGGUUAACAGCCGUUUUAUCUUGUCCGAGCUCUGCAAAAGGGUUGGUAGCAGUCGCUCUCCGUUUU